CAUCAAGCGGUUCCCGACCAAGCGCGGGUACCAGCUGUGGUACGACAGCAUCGAGGCACGGGAGAAAGCGUCUGCAGCCAAGGUUCAACAGCCGCCCGGCGACAAGGCUUAGGACCGGAUGGCUUACUGCUGCGUGCCCCACUGCCGCUCUCACGGAAAGCGAACAGCUCCCGAACUAUCCUUCCACGAAAUUCCGGCGGAUUGGGACUUGAGGGAGAGUUGGAUACGAGCGAUAGGACGAGACAACUGGGUCCCAAACACCACGUCCAAUUACAGCAAAGUGUGCAGCAAGCACUUCAAGGAGACAGAUUUCAUAGAGGGAAAACGCCGGCGCCUGGUGAAAGGGGUCGUUCCCUCGGUGUUCGAGGACAGUUGCGGAGCGAAAAAAAGGAACGGCGGAAGAGUCAGGAAAACUUGCUGCAGCGACAACGUCCACAAAGACUGCGUCGGUGGGCGGAAGGUCCAGAAACGUUCGGAGGGUGCAGAACGGCAGGUGGAGGCUCCAGCCGCAUCGCCGCCAAGUAGCACAGGUGGCGACGAGGCAGCAAACGAGCCUACUGAAUCGACUGCAGCCGACCUCGAGCGAGGGGAAAGUCGGUCGCCGCAGAACGUCGAAGAGGAGACCCCAUCGGGAUCUUUGCAAGCGCCUGCCUGCGAGAUGGGGUGCUGCUGCGUCCCACUGUGCAAGUCGAGCCAUCGCUCGCCGGGCAGGGUCGCCUUCCACGAGUUUCCCGUGACGGAGGUGCGCAACGACUGGAUCCGCAACAUAUCUUGCCUCGCCGCAGGCCCGGAACCGUGGGCUCCCAAUGACCGGAGCAAGGUGUGCAGCCUCCACUUCAAGCCAGAGGACUACCGGGAGGGCCUGAAGCUGCGGAGGCUCAAGCCCGAUGCCGUGCCCACCGUGUUCUCUGACCGCCCGGCCUUCCCGCGUCCAGCGGCCAAAAAGGACGGACCCAAGCGUGCCCCGGAAACGCCCCCCCCGGAAAUCUCCCCCGUGUCGGCUCGCAAGGCCAGGUUCGGCAUUCUGUGCGCGGUGCCCAAAUGCGACUCGAGGGCGGGUGUGACCCACGACGUGCUCUUCCACGAGAUUCCCGCCAACCUGCAGCGGCGACAGUCCUGGCUCGACGCCCUGCGCUCCGUCAGGCCCGUCGGUGACAAGUCCUGGCAACCGUCCGACCACACCAAGAUCUGCAGCAAACACUUCAAGCCGGAAGACUACAUUCAAGGACCCAAAAAGCGCUACCUGGCUCCCCACGCUGUACCUUCCAAGUUCCCCAGAACUGCGGUCAAGUCACUGUCUAAGGCAGCAGCCAAAAGUGUGACCAGUAGAGUGUCGAGGGCUGUGACAGCUAGCGAGGCCCGGACACGUGACUUCAGCAACACGUCUUCUUUCUCCUCUAGCAGUUCCUCAGUUAAGACUACCGAUCGCAGCUGUCAGACAAAGCAGAAGCUUUUGGAGCUCUCAACGGCCAGCCAUGGCCAGAGAGAGAGCAGGAGCAUCCAGGUUAGCCUCGUCGAAAGUCAGAACCAGUCGGCGGAGACAGAUGUGCCUCGUGACUCUGUCGGGUGCCAGACCCUAGUGACGGGCCUGACCAUAGCCGCGUACCAGGACCAGAUGUUGAUGCUCAAGGACCAGUGCCACAGACUCCAAGCUGAACUGCUAGAGUUGAGGCAUCGCAACGCUGUCUUGACGGCAGCAGCGUCUCUGGUUCAUGUGGCGGGCAAGUAGGCCUACCUGGUUAGAAGUGAUUGUUAUACUCUUCGUCUUCGCUCCAGCGUGAGGACAUGUCGUUGCCGAUGCCUUCUUAGUGCCACGGUCGGACGUUGGUGACUGUUGGAUGCUGGUCAAUGCGGACGGUGGUUCUUGUUGGCUCCCACUAUUCGUGCCGAGACACGAGGUGGUGUUUAGCGUAAGCGCGACGUCGGCAUUAUGCGCCGGAAUUAAAUACCUUUUCUCGUU